GAGUAAGGAGUGAGGGGUCUGCUGACCGUGAUGCGGGCAUAUAUGGGCUUGAAUAUUCCAUUCUUUCCACGCGGUUCCUCCUCCAUCCCCCCUCUCUCGUCCAUAAACGACGCAUAGGGGAUCCCCUGCGUGCGUGGGAGGCUUGAUACUUGAUCAUCCAAGUUUCACUUGAGAAGCGUGGAAGGAAAGAAUGCAGAACUGAAACAAACAGGUCUAAAAAAGCGAUCCGGGUCGGCUAGCGGGAUCGAAGCUCACGCUCGCGCUACUUUUGUGUUUAUAAACAUGUCGGAUAUAAGAGAUGCGUUAUCAGCGUUGUGCAAGUAUAUCAAUUCGUUAAUAAACGUAGGACUGACACCCGAACAUUUGAGACUGGCCAAAUCUAAUGCUCCGGACGAGGAUGUUGCCGAGGCGCUGCGAAACACGCUGCAUAUUCUGACAAUGAGCUAUCACGCAGCGAGAAAAAAGCGAGGCGACAUAGAUUUCCGAAAUCACGAUACGCUGACGGCGGUGAAGUUGCACCUCGCGUUCUUGCAGUAUCCAGCGAUAGAAUUUUACAGUCUAUCGCGGAGUAGGAGCGAUCGCAACAGGGACUUAUUGAUAGCUUUAGCUUGGCUGCUGGGAACGCAGAACGUCCUGACCGACAUCCUCCGAGCAAAGCUAGCCGGUAGCGUGCUGGGCGCCGAAUGUUCACGCGUGGAUCUGCCGGAAGUUAAUACGGAAAUUUCUCGUACACGAAUCGUACGAUCGGACGAUCAGCUGACAAACACUUUACUUGACGGUAUUUUGCAUCUGAACGCCAGGGUGAAUCUGAAUCUGCGGGAAGUCGACGAAUUGACGCGCGAACGAGGGAACUUGGUGUCCAAGGUACACGCGGCGAGUAUCGACGUGAGCGGUCUGCCGCAUUUGAGCGUGUGUGAAUCGGCGUUGACGAAACGCCUCGCGACGACGAGCAACGUUAACGAAAGUUCUGAUGACGAAGUUCGACGGCUGGAAUUCCGUGACGCCGGAAUUUUGCUGGACACGCGCGCCAAGUGGCUGCGGAAGCGACACGCGUUCUUCGACUGGAUGGUUACGGUGAUUCAGGAGCACAAAAAAUCCGCAAAAAUGAAUCUGAGAGAGAUCGAUUCGCAGGAACUCGCCGUUUUUAGCUCAUUGUUGCAUCAAGUGAUUAGCGAGAAGCUUCGAGAUCUUACAUCCGCGACAGCGGUGGGCAGCGAGUCCCGAAACAAGGCCUUGGACUGCCCGUCUCGCGUGCACAGAAGUCAAUGUAAUGAUAUCGAGGCGCAAAACUGGUUGGAUCAUUUGAACGAGCGCCAGAAGCGCGAGGAAGAAGAUCUUCAACGGAAUAGGAAAUGGCUAGCCGACGAGUUAGAAAGAAUGCUGAAGCUGAUACCAUCCACCAUUCGCGUCUAAUCGAGGUAUUAUUAUUUUUCUCUCCUAUUAAAAAUGUAUACAUAUACAUUUAAAAGAAGAUUUAUUACUUAUUACUACGCAGUAUAAAAAUUUUAUAAAUUAUUAUCAUUUAAAAUUAAAAAAAAUGUCGUUUGUUAAAUUAUCCACGCGAAUAAAUCGUUUACGUAUUUAAUGAGUUAUAUAAAUAAAUGUAUGUAAUUUAUAAUGAGCUGUAAGUAAUGUGUGCAAAAUGAUUUAACGUGGCACGCUAAAAUAUUUUUCGUUUUUGACAUUAUUAGUAAUUCGAUAUUGCUGCAAUAGAAAAAUCUCAAUUUGCAAUUAUUGUACCAGAUAAUUAAUACGUAGUAAAUAAAUACCAAUA